CCGGCGCCUCCCCCCGCCCCCCCGCGCCGGGCGGAGCCGGAGCCGAGCGGAGCCGGUGCCGGGGCGGCUCAUUGCGGCGCGCCGCGGCGGCAGCAUGGCCACCACCGUGCCCUGCACCCGCUUCACCGACGAGUACCAGCUCUACGAGGAGAUCGGCAAGGGAGCCUUCUCGGUCGUCCGGCGCUGCGUCAAGCUCUGCACUGGCCAUGAGUACGCUGCCAAGAUCAUCAACACCAAAAAGCUCUCUGCCAGAGAUCACCAGAAGCUGGAGCGCGAGGCGCGGAUCUGCCGGCUGCUCAAGCACUCCAACAUCGUGCGGCUCCACGACAGCAUCUCCGAGGAGGGCUUCCAUUACCUCGUCUUUGACCUGGUGACGGGCGGCGAGCUCUUUGAGGACAUCGUGGCACGGGAGUACUACAGUGAGGCCGAUGCCAGCCACUGCAUCCAGCAGAUCCUGGAGGCUGUCCUGCACUGUCACCAGAUGGGGGUGGUCCACAGGGACCUCAAGCCCGAGAACCUGCUCCUGGCCAGCAAGUGCAAAGGGGCAGCAGUGAAGCUAGCAGACUUCGGCCUCGCCAUCGAGGUGCAGGGGGAUCAGCAGGCCUGGUUUGGAUUUGCAGGCACACCUGGCUACCUGUCCCCCGAGGUGCUGCGCAAAGAGGCCUAUGGCAAACCCGUGGACAUCUGGGCGUGUGGGGUCAUCCUGUACAUCCUGCUGGUGGGCUACCCGCCCUUCUGGGACGAGGACCAGCACAAACUCUACCAACAGAUCAAGGCUGGCGCCUACGAUUUCCCUUCGCCUGAGUGGGACACGGUCACCCCCGAAGCCAAAAACCUCAUCAACCAGAUGCUGACCAUCAACCCCGCCAAGCGCAUCACAGCCCACGAGGCCCUCAAGCACCCGUGGGUCUGCCAACGCUCCACCGUGGCCUCCAUGAUGCACAGGCAGGAGACAGUGGAGUGCUUGAAAAAGUUCAAUGCCCGGAGGAAGCUCAAGGGUGCCAUCCUCACCACCAUGCUGGCCACCAGGAACUUCUCAGUGGGCAGACAGACCACCGCUCCUCCCACCAUGUCGGCGGCCGCUGCCGGGGCCCCGCUGGGGCUGGUGGAACAAGCAGCUAAGAGCUUACUGAACAAGAAGGCGGACGGCGUCAAGCCCCAGACCAACAGCACCAAAGGCAGUGCCGGCGUCACCAGCCCCAAGGGGACCCUCCCGCCCACCGCUCUGGAGCCUCAAAGUACCGUAAUCCAUAACCCUGGGGACGGCGCCAAGGAGUCCUCCGACAGCACCAACACCACCAUCGAGGAUGAGGACACCAAAGCCCGCAAGCAGGAGAUCAUCAAGAUCACGGAGCAGCUCAUCGAGGCCGUCAACAACGGCGACUUCGAGGCCUACGCGAAGAUCUGCGACCCGGGGCUCACCUCCUUUGAGCCCGAGGCACUGGGCAACCUGGUGGAGGGGAUGGACUUCCACCGCUUCUAUUUCGAGAACUUGCUCUCCAAGAACAACAAGCCGAUCCACACGACCAUCCUGAACCCGCACGUUCACGUUAUCGGGGAGGACGCGGCGUGCAUCGCCUACAUCCGCCUGACGCAGUACAUCGACGGGCAGGGCCGGCCCCGCACCAGCCAGUCCGAGGAGACGCGCGUGUGGCACCGCCGCGACGGCAAGUGGCAGAACGUGCACUUCCACGGCUCGGGGGCCCCGGUGGCCCCGCUGCAGUGAAGAGCUGGCGGUGGCUGUCCUGGUUCCAGCCCGAUGGAGACGGCGAUGGGAGCCGAUGGCAGCCGGAGCUGCGGCCCCCCGAGCACGCGUCCGCAUGCCUGUCCCCCCUACCCCGGCCCCGCUCCCCCCUCCGGUGCCUGUGUUUGCAGAAAACAAAAAGACAAAAAAAAAAAAAAAAAAAGCCAAAAUGAUGAAGACCACACACAAAAAAAAAAAAAAAGGAAAAAAAAAAAAAGGGGGAAAACCCACCCCCAAUCCCCAACCCCACCCACACCCCCAAACCCGACCCAGCCGCUCGGCCACAGGCGAGGGCGCUGGGGGGCUCGGCCCCCCCCCUUGGCCCGUCUCUGCUGGGGGGGACGGGGGGUCCCGGGCCCCCUCCCGGCUGUGCUCGUGGCGUGUUGCUGUCGCUGGUGGUGGAUGUUGUUCUUUGGGCUCCGCUUUGCUCUGUCCUGCCCCAGCCCCUGUACAUAGAGAGAGCUAUUUAUUUUUGAAUUCCCACGGGGGUCCCCAGCACCGGGGGGCCGCCUGGGGGUGAGUGAGGUGGGGGGGACGCGCAGAGACUCUCUCCCCUCCAGCCCGGCGCGGUGCCCGCCCCGGAGCGCUGCCCGUGGGCCCUAGCUGACCCUGGGCGCUGCUGCUGCUGCUGCUGCUGCUGCGCGGGGAACUCCUGCAGGGCCCCCCCGUGCCCCCGGCCCGCUGCUCCCGCCCCAGCAGUCCCGCCGCAGGUGCCAGCCCGGGGCGCGGGCAGGGGCUGGGGGCGCCGCUCGCGGGGCAGAGGGCAGCCGGGGUGCGGGGUGGGGCGGGGGGCUCAGGACGAUCCAGCCAGCACUGACGCAGCAUCGAAAGCACUUUAGACUAAGAGAAUGGGUCUCUUAGGGGGCACAGGCUGCUCCGCCGGGCGCCCAGCACGGGGGCGCACCCUGCACCCCCUCCCACGGCCCGCGCCCGGGGGAACCUGGCCCCGCAGCCCCCCGGCCGUCCACGCCGGGCGCUCCCCACAUCCCCCAGGGCAUCCCCACCACGCUGAGGGCUGGUUUGGCUGCGGGCAGGGGACGGGGCGGGCGGGGGAUAUUCAUUAUUUUUUAAUUAUUCUGAUGAUUUCUCUGCAUGCCCUUUGCGCGGGAGCAACCCUCGGGCGCUAACGCUGUAUGUUGAGGAGCUGAGCUGUUCCUGUCCCAUGAAUGCUGGUGGAUCGUUGCCAAAUUUUUCUCCUUCUUCCCCUUUUCUCUCAUUCUUUUUCUGUCUCCCCCUCCCCAGCAUAUCCCCCCUAUGCCCCUCCCCCCAAAAAAAUCCCCUUUGUCUUUUCUUUCUGAGCCUUGUAAGUGUAAAAGAUGACUCUGAUUUCGUUUUUGUCUCGGGAAAACUGCAAAUAAAUUAUGAGGAAAAACCGA